AAUUCAAUCAACGAAUAAUAAAAUCCGCUGUUUUGGAAUCUGGGCUUGGGGUGAAUUGCGCCAUUGCUGAUCUCGGAACGAGUUUGGGUUACCUACUCGCUGUGUUGGUUCGUUCCCCCCACACUAGCUUGCUGGGUUUUUUGUAGGCAUUUCCAUGGUGAUGGCUGCAGCUGUAAUUGUGCCUUUGGGCCUUCUCUUCUUCAUAUCUGGUCUCGCUGUGAAUCUCGUUCAGGCAAUUUGCUAUGUCCUCAUUCGUCCCCUGUCUAAGAACACAUACAGAAAAAUUAACCGAGUGGUUGCAGAAACCUUGUGGUUGGAGCUUGUCUGGAUCGUUGACUGGUGGGCAGGAGUAAAGAUCCAAGUGUUUGCUGAUAAUGAGACCUUCAAUCGAAUGGGCAAAGAACAUGCUCUUGUAGUGUGUAAUCACCGAAGUGAUAUUGAUUGGCUUGUGGGAUGGAUUCUGGCUCAGAGGUCAGGUUGCCUGGGAAGCGCAUUAGCUGUAAUGAAGAAGUCUUCCAAAUUUCUUCCAGUCAUAGGCUGGUCAAUGUGGUUCUCGGAGUAUCUGUUUCUGGAAAGAAAUUGGGCAAAGGAUGAAAGUACUUUAAAGUCAGGUCUUCAACGCUUGAACGAUUUCCCUCGACCAUUCUGGCUAGCCCUUUUCGUUGAGGGAACCCGCUUUACAGAGGCUAAACUUAAAGCAGCACAAGAGUACGCAGCCUCCUCUGAGUUGCCUGUCCCUCGAAAUGUGUUGAUUCCUCGCACCAAAGGUUUUGUGUCAGCUGUUAGUAAUAUGCGUUCCUUUGUCCCAGCCAUUUAUGAUAUGACUGUGGCUAUUCCAAAAACUUCUCCGCCCCCAACGAUGCUAAGACUAUUUAAAGGACAACCUUCUGUGGUGCAUGUUCACAUCAAGUGUCACUCGAUGAAAGACUUGCCUGAAUCAGAUGACGCAAUUGCACAGUGGUGCAGAGAUCAGUUUGUGGCUAAGGAUGCAUUGUUAGACAAACACAUAGCUGCAGACACUUUCCUCGGUCAGCAAGAACAGAACAUUGGCCGUCCCAUAAAGUCACUUGCAGUGGUUGUAUCAUGGGCAUGCCUACUAACUCUUGGAGCAAUGAAGUUCUUACACUGGGCAAAACUCUUUUCCUCAUGGAAAGGUAUCGCGUUAUCGGCGCUUGGUCUAGGUAUCAUCACUCUCUGUAUGCAGAUCCUGAUCCGAUCCUCUCAGUCAGAGCGCUCGACCCCAGCCAAAGUCGCUCCAGCCAAGCCAAAGGACCAUCACCACUCAGAAUCGGCUUCCCAAACAGAAAUGGAGAAGCAGAAGUAAAAGCUGGAUCUAAGAGAUCAAACAACAAACACAACAAAGAAGCGUGUCAGUUUUGUUAUAAGAAACAAAAAAGAAACUCUCCAAUUGAAAUCCCUUAAUAUCAUCAAUUCUGUUUUGUUCAGCUACUACUAUUACUACUACUGCUACUACUAUUACUCAGCCUAUGUGUGUCUCUUAGUCGAUUGUUGUAUAGGGUCAACGAUUUAUCCCUAUAGACCAUUGGGAUUUUUUUUUUUUUCUCAAGUGCAUAGGCCUUGUAUAACUUUUCUAUUAUUAGUUUGGAAUUUGGGAUUGAUCCUUGACUUU